UAUCUCACUUUUCGAAGGAGCUACCUUAACAAAACCAUGAAGUCACCUCUUCUUUUAGCAUUUUUCUUGACUUUUGCAGCUGCUGCUUCCGGGCCAACACUACAGGAACUCGUGAGGAUUGCAGUUAUGGAUCUCACAAAAUAUUACCAUGAAGAAUACGCAUUGAGAAACUUUAGUUUGGAAUUAGUUGAUUAUAAUAAGGAAGAUGACUCUUAUACGUUGGAGAUAAUUGUUGGAUCCACAGAGUGCAGAGUUGAGGAAGCAACUCCAGAGGACUAUGAUAACUGUAAAUUCGCAGUAGAAGAAUAUCCUUUUAGUAAGUGCACUGUAAAACUUCUCAAUUUUGGUACUCAAGGAUACAGACUGAGAUCCGCAUCGUGUUCUGCUAUGUAAGACAGUCGAGGUACUUCAUCAGAGAUUUCCUUUUUUUUGAAGACUUUGACUUAACAAGCAUUUUACUGUUUUUGUAAGUUGCUUUUAUGAAUAAAGUCUAAUUCA